AUGCCCCGUCUCCAAGGCAAAGUCGCCAUCGUCACCGGUGGUGGCUCCGGCUUCGGUGCCGCAAUCGCAACACGCUUCGCCCAAGAGGGUGGAAAAGUAAUCAUCGCAGAUAUCAACGUUGAAGGCUCCGAAAAAGUCGCAUCUGCGGACCCCGCGAAUAUCGUCUUCCAGCGCGUCGACGUCACGAGCAAACAAGAUUGGGAUAGCGUUGUCGCGUUGGCGUUUUCCAAGUUUGGACGAUUGGAUGUGCUUGUGAAUAACGCGGGGACAAGUUAUCGGAAUAAGCCAACGCUCGAGGUCACCGAGGCGGAAUGGGAGCGCGUCUUCAAUGUAAACGUCAAGAGUAUCUUCCAUGGGUCGCAGGCGGUCAUUGGAAAAUUGAUUGAGCAGGGGCAAGGCGGGUCGAUCAUCAAUAUUUCGUCGACGGGCGCAUCGAGGCCAAGGCCUGGUUUGGUCUGGUAUAAUGCGAGCAAGGGUGCUGUUUCGAAUGCUACAAAGGGUCUCGCAGCAGAGUACGGCCAGUACAAUAUCCGUGUCAACACUGUGUCGCCUCUCCUCUCGGGAACAGGCCUAUUCAGCAUGUUCACUGGAAUGGAGGAUACGCCUGAGAACCGGGCGAAGUUCAUUGGCAACGUGCCGUUAGGUCGGCUAACGGACCCGAACGAUAUCGCAAACAUGUGCUUGUACCUGGCUAGUGAUGAGGGAGCAUUUGUGAACGGUGCAGAAAUGAUUGUUGACGGAGGAAAGUGUAUCUAA